AAAUGUUUAUUGUAUUUUAUUUAUUUGAUAAUUAGAUGAAUGGUUGGUUAAUUAUUAAUUAAUUUAGGCAGAAUUUCUAUCAACUAAAUAGUCGAUAAGCUUGAAUACUUAAUAACUAAUGGUGUUUUUUAAAUUUGAAUCACGACUAGCGUGAGAAUAAUUUUUAACGUGGGCACGAUCAGGUGAGGUUUGUUUUUUAUCACGCAAUAGCUGAAUAUGAGGGUCAGAUUGUAAUUUUUAUUUUAUUUUUAAUUCGAAUUCUUUUAUUCUUCAUAAAUAAGAUUAAAAAAAUUUCAUUCACGAACUUAUUGAGCACCGAGUGCUUAGAAAACGUAAUUUAAUAUUUUAAUAUAAUGGAUUUUUUUACGGGUAAAUAUUUUACCAUAACAUAAAUAUGUGAAAUGUCUAUUAUUUAAAAUUAUUAAUUUUGUUGAGUUGUAUAAAUAAUAAUUCAAAUAUACCCCUUAUACAUGGGAGCGCCGGGCACACCCCAGAGUUAUUAGAAACUAUUUUGUAUUGAACAUCAGAGUAGUCUACUGUUUAUUUUUAAUUCAGUAUUUCUCACGACGCGAGAAAUAUCUAUUCUCUUUUGUGUGCAUUCGAUAUUUAUAUGAAAUUGUUUUUAAAAUUGCAUUUAUAAUAAUAAUAUUUGUAUUUAUAUUUAUAAUAAAUAACUGAGAAUGGGAAAUAAAGUCGCAACUUUCACUGAAGAACAAUUAGAAGAAUAUCAAGACUGCACAUUUUUAACGCGCAAAGAAAUUCUCAGAAUUUUUAAACGGUUUCGUGAAUUGGGAGAUCCGGGAGCGGUACCAAAAACGAUGACACCUGAACAAGCGUCCCAAUUAAAACUGCCUUUAUCCUGUUUAUCAAAAAUUCCUGAGCUAAAAGAAAAUCCAUUUAGAGAUCGUAUAGCGGAGGUAUUUACCAAGUGCAGUGAUCCAGGAAGUGAAGAAGAAGGUAUCUGUUUCGAGGAGUUCUUGGAGAUGAUGUCAGUAUUUUCAGAGCAAGCACCUCGGGAUCUUAAAGUAUUUUAUGCUUUUAAGAUUUACGAUUUUGACUCGGACGGAUUUGUGGGUACGAGUGAUUUAGAACGUACGUGUCGGCAAUUGGUACAAGAUGGACUGACAGACGAAGAGGUCGGAACGAUUUGCCGUAAGGUACUCGAGGAAUGCGAUAUCGAUGGUGACGGUGCAUUGUCUUAUCUUGAGUUUGAAAACGUCGUCACGAAAGCUUCGGAUUUUUUGUCGACUUUUCAUAUAAGAGUCUGAAGUUAAAUAAAAUAAACACUGAUGGUUUAAUGGUACCGGUUUGAUGAAGAAACGUGUCUGGUUGUAUAUAUAACAAUGUCGUGGGAGAAAUAAAUGGGAUGUGGAGCUAAAGUUAAUGUUGAGAAGAGAAGAGAAGAGAAGAUGAAGAUGAAGAUGAAAGAAGGGCAAUAAGAAAAAUAGUUCUCUGACCCGUGGACUGGUUUCCCUGUGCUCUCAUAAGAGACGCUAAUUUAUCGUUCGUGCAUGGAUAAAUUGGAAUAAGAGUACAAUUUACAUAAAUACAUCUAAAGAAAUGUCGACGUCAGAGAAAACCACAAGUAAAUUGCUCCAACUCCACGCGACAGAAGGUUCCAAUAAAAAUGUGCUGCUGUUUUUAUGGAUUGAGAAUCAUAAAUUUAACGUCAAUCUCUUAUUGUACAGCCGGUUGGCAAUAAGUGGAAGAGAAAAAAU